AUGACUGUGCGCUGUGAAAUGCUAUGUCCCAACUGCAAAUUGGGGGAAUAUUCAUCCAUUGAGGCUCUUAUUUCACAUCUCAAUGCUCCGUCUACUUGCUGGCCUUCCGAUACACAACCACAAGCUUUACCUGUCCCUUCUAUACUCAAUCAAGGUGGUCAGACACACGUCACUGGUACCUGCCACCCACAAUCCGGAUAUGUCUAUGGGAUCGGUAGAAACAUGCUGGAUAAGUUAGAAAAUGAUCAAUUUGCGCAUUGGCGGUUGAUAAAUCCUUAUUACCCUUUCACUGACCAAGGUGAAUGGGAAUUGGGGAAAUUCUUGGUUGAAAACCUUACCCAAACCCAAAUUAUGAAGUUCUUGAAGUUGAAAUGGUUUGACGCUCCGAAUCGUGCAAGACCAUCUUUUACCAUGAAGGAUCACCUCCUAGACUGGAUGGACUUGCUCCCUUCUUUUACCCCAUGGAAAGUCUCCAAGUUAGAGUUCAAAGGCUAUAAGACUGUCCAUCCUGUGGAGCUCGUUUGGCGUGAUGCACAAAGUGACCCAACGUUUGCUAACCACAUGACCUUUAACCCCUAUGUCGCCAACGUCAAAAAUCAGCGUGAAUAUGGGGAUUACAUGAGUGCCAAUAUGGCAUGGAAAAUCCAGGACUAUCUCCUGUUGGGUGCGACUCAAGUCCCAAUUAUCUUGGGAUCAGAUAAAACUCCUAUGCACCCGGUCUUCGUCACCAUCGGUAAUAUUGAUUCUGAGGUCCAUUCCAAGGCGACAUUACGAGCUUGGCGCUGCGUAGCCUACAUUCCGGUUGUGAAGUUCCACGUUCAUCAAGAAUACCAGUCCAUUCUCCAGACCAGACUAUGGCAUAAAUGCAUGGACCUCGUUUUUGCAAACCUCAAGGUCGCAGCAAAUGAUGGCUGUUUCAUGCCCGAUCCCUCCCGCUACAUUCACCAUGUAUUCACGCCACUCGUCGCUCACAUGUGCGACCUGCCGGAGGCUACUAUGAUCGCUGCAGUCAGUAAAAACUCGUCCCCGCUAACCAUGGCAAUACAAGCAGAUUUCGGUGACGGAAUUCUCCACCCCCCUCAUACCGGGAGCCACACAUUGAAACUCAUUGUGGGGAUAUCCCAAAAUGUUGAUUUCUGGGAUCUGGACAAGUUCCAGAAAGCGGCCAAAGCCAUCAAUUUGUCUGGUGUUCACAUGCCGUACUGGCGUGAUUGGAAGUUUGCAUGUCCGUCGGUCUUCCUUGCUGGCGAGGUGCUGCACAUGUGUCAUAAGUUUUUCGCAGAUCAUCCACUAGAAUGGAUCAAAGAGGCUCUGGGAGAUUAUGAGCUCGAUACUUGCUUCAUGCAUAGAGACAUCCAACGCACUAUCGUUGCGUCAAUUGCAGGAGCUGUUCCACCCAGAUUUGUCCAUGCAAUCUGUUCACUUAAUCCUGUUCACUCACCUCAAUCUCUUCAGUCAUUGGUGCAGGCCCUUUCGGAUUUCCACUCUUUCAAGGACACUAUCAUCUGGGCCGAGGCAAGGAAGGGGAAGAAGGGUAUCAAAGAAGAUUUUUUCAUUCUGAAACUUGAGCUUCUCCAAAGUUUUGAUGGUACGAUUAGGAAAUUAGGGACUUUGAUGCAGUUCUCUGCAGACAUGACAGAGCGAUUGCUCAUCACACAUUGUAAGAACCUUUUCCCGUGGACGUCCCAGCAAAUCAAGGAUUUUAUGGAGCAAUGUGUGUGCAUUCUCAACCGCCAAGAGUCUAUGGAAAUUUUUGACCUGUACAUGCUAUUGACUUCUCGUGGGGCGUCACUGGUUAACACCAUACAUGCCGAAGAUGAAGAUGUCACUAUUGCCAGUCCUGCACUCUCCUGGGUUUCCCGGGUUCUCCCUGAUGAAGUCAAGUCAAUUCAUGGUAUCCUCUCCAGAGAUGUGCUCACCGCUUUUCAACUCAAUGUCACGCCCAAUUACAAAUCACUAUCACCAUCUGACAUACGCAUGAAAUAUGCACUCUUUGGCUUUGAGCAUGCACUCGCCGAAUUCAUUUGUUGUUCCCCCCUUUCUAGUGGUGAAAAUUCUUGCUGGGACCCCAAGUAUGGGCGCUUCCAGGUAUGGCACAAAUUCUGGUUGCAACUUCACUUGGCCUUCCAGCCACGAGUCAUCAUGCCGAGUCGCAUGGUGCAAGCGUACCCACCAAGUGAUGAUUUUCCCUUUGGAAAUUGUGAUACUGUUCUCGUGGACACCACAGGCAUUGAUGGCAAAACCAGUUCCAACCUGGAACUACCAUUGUGUCUCUCAGACCCACUUCUCUAUGUCCAACUUUUCCACUUCAUUUCCAGCCCUGAUGAUCAUCCUGAACUCGCAAUGUGGACUGUGGAGCGCACAUACACGCAGGAGGAAAACGGUAAUCGCUGUAGGAAGGGGGCUGUCAUACGAGUGACAGAUGUGAUGCAUGCGGUUGAGUUGAUACCAGUUUAUGGUGAGGCAGUGGCCAAUAGCGUGUCCUCUGCGACUUCUUUGGAAUGCUAUGAUCAUUUUUUCCUGAAUAACUUCGCAGACAAGGAGAGUUAUCACACAUUCAGUACCGAGUUUGUAUAG